AUGUUGCAUAAUGAUAUCAAUAAUAGUAAUAAUGAUGUCGAAAGUAAUAACAAUAAUCAAACGACAGCUUCUUCACCAGCAACAUCUCAACAAUCAUUAUCACAAAUAUCUACAAAUGCACCAAUAUCUUCAUUUUAUCGAGCAAAUAUAUCAUCAUCGUCAACGACAAAAGGUACUAAACGUAUUUCAUCGAGCUUAACACCAACAUAUUCACAACAAUCAUCAUCAUCAGCAAAAAGACAUAAAAACAACAUUUUCUCUGCUUAUUAUUUAUUUCUUUAUAUGCACGGUGCAUAUAAAGAAAUAAAUUAUUCCUCCUGCCUUUUGAGACUACUUUUUUUUCUAUUCAGCGUUAAAAACUAA